UCCACGCUUGGAACACGACGAGACGCCCACAGACUUCCAAAUAUGGACAUGUGAGGUAUAAAACAUUGGUAUUAGAAGACUAUCUUGUGUCCGCUCCUGCUUUUCACCGCGGGGAGAACAUUGUUGGUCAUUCUGAAUAUUGCACGGUCUUGUAACAGCGGGUUCUUGUGGCAUUCCUCCCCUGCAUGUGCGCUAGCUGACAGGGGUGUACCAUAAAUCUAGUCCCGUGUACAGCACCGUUUAUAUUUCUACUUGCGGACACUACACGGUCACACCAGACAGACAGGCUGUGGCCGCGGCGACUGGGAACGUUCGAUCACAAGGUUUCCUAUCCAUCUACUAACUACACUGAUGUGGGUGUAGUAGUCUGGGUGAGUGAAAAGACCAUUGAAAAGAAACAGACAAUAUGAGUAGUACCAAAAGGAAAGCAGAAGGGCACUCUAGGAACAUGGGCAAACUACGAGCCAUGAAGUUUGGAAGCUCCAGAACAGACUCAGAGAGAGACUCUGGCUUCUCAGAUGCCAGCACCAUAGACCCGACAGAUUCUGAGGGCUCAUCGCACUCGGUGUCCAAGAGAGAGGUUCAGCGCCCUGGAUCAGUGUUGGGGGCACAGUCCUCACAGCUAGCUGUGGUGGGGGGGUCCUACUCCAACAUGCCCCCCAUGAUCAUCCAGCAGCCUCAGGUGGUCUUCCUACAACCUGUGGUCUCCCACUGCACCACCUCCAACCCCAAGGAGGCCUCCUCUAAACACCGGCGCCCAAAAAAGUUUCUUCCCAUCCUCAGGUCCUACCCCAAGAUUGCCCCUCACCCUGGGGACAGCUCCAGUUCCUCUGGGAGAGGAAGCUCUUGUUCUUCCUCGUCAGGGUCAGCGAGAAGCGGUUUGUCCUCCAGCCACCGGGAGCGCCAUCACAGCCACAGAGACAAACAGCAGAAGCAGCAGUCUGGUAGUUCUAGCUCUGGUUCUUCUGGUUCAAGCACCCUCAGUUUCCCUCCUCCAACUAUCUCUCUGUCCCCCUCUCCCCAGCGCAGGCUCGCCCUCACCCUCUCCCUCACAGACUCCAGUGCCUGUAGCAGCCCUGCUAGACCCUCCCCCGCCGUCAGUAGAUCAGAGUACACCCCCGCCCCGUCCUUGACCGUAACUCCUUCUCACACCCUCAACUUUGGCCACCCUGAGAAACUCAAGUCCCAGCCUCUUUCCCUCCCAAAUCACGCCACCACAACCGACAACGGCGAUGGAGAUGACCACGACAUCAAGCGUAAGCGCUUCUGCAACACGUACAACAUCCUGUCCAAGUCUGGCCUGCUGGACAUCACCCUAAGAACCAAGGACCUGCUCCGUCAGAACCGCAGGACCCAGGGAGACCUGGACCAGCUCAAGGAGCACACCAACCUCUUCCUGCAGGCCCUGCAGACCGGAGACACCAGCAUCUGGCGCAAGCUGCAAACCAGCCUCCAGGAAGAAGAGAAAGAGACCGAAGAGAAAGGGAAGGGCAGUGGGAAGCAGAGCAUCUUAAAGGCAGAUACAGAUUAGACCUGGACUAAGUAAAAGCCGGGGUUCAUCUGUUAGAUUGGGACUGAGUUGAGGUGGGGGAGGCUGGGACUUGGGCUGACUGAGGAAGCUGGACCGACAGUAAUGUGCCCACAAUGAUCACACAAACAGACAGCUACUCUGACCCUGUCUCCCUGCACUGCUGCCUGGUUCAGCUACCCUAAACAAGGCCAGGCAAACUCCCUCUACACACUAGCCUGCCUGCUUUACCCUAAAUCAGGCCAGGCAUAUUCCUGGUAAACACUGUAGCCUGCCUGCCUUACCCCCCAAAUCAGGCCAGGAUGGAUGGGAGGCUUCUGUAUGAUAUGAAAUUGCUCUAUUCCCUAUAUAGUGCACUACCAUGACUCUAUAUAGUGCACUACUUUGAUCCUAUGUAUAGCGUAUGGGGAAUAGGAUGGUGGACAUUGCAUCCUCUCUUUUCUGUUGUACCCAGCCUGGCUCGCCUUCUUCCUGUCAAACCACCUUCCUGCUUCUUAGAAGAAGUCUUGUUGUGCUCUGAGUAUCUCUGAGAUACGCCCUAAGGGACUUUUUUACUGGAAGCUGAAAGUGCCCACCACUUGACACUUAUAGCCGUCAUCGUGAUGAGUAAAAUAGGCCUAUAUUGAAGAAGGCUUGCAUGGUAUAGUUAGUAAGAGUGCUGGGUACCUGAAUUAAACCCAACAAAACCACACAUUAUUCAUGAAAAUAUAUGGUGUUAAUUUAGGCUCAAACAAAUAUGUUUAGUGAUAUGUUUUACAAUAAUAUAUGCCAUUUAGCAGACGCUUUUAUCCAAAGCGACUUACAGUCAUGUGUGCAUACAUUCUACGUAUGGGUGGUCCCGGGGAUCAAACCCACUACCCUGGCGUUACAAGCACCAUGCUCUACCAACUGAGCUACAGAAGGACCACAAUACCCACUGGGCACACACUGGUUGAAUCGAGGUUGUUUAAAUUACGUGGAACCAAUGUGGAGUAGACGUUGAAUUGACGUCUGUGCCUAGUAUGUAGCCACUUAUACAGUAGGUUUCCACUGGAGCACGUGUGAGGGGAAUGGAAAGCAAAGCAGCACAGAAUUAUUUUUUUCCCUCGUGAAUUCAUGGACUUAAGACAGUGAUUUACAUAGACUCCUUUAGGACUCUAGUGAGGAUACUGUUCAUCAAAGCAUUUUUUUUAUACAUCAAAGACUAAUGAAAGUCCCUCAAAUGGAGGAUGGGCUGAAAUCUUUUUGUCAUAAAAUUUUUUUGUAAGAGAAUUGUCAAGGCUUUAUCCAAAAGCAGAAUUUUAUUUAAAACAUUUUAUUGUAUUUGCAUUCAAAUAAUUAGCAGGUAGUUCCAAAGGAAUUUCUAUGGAGCGUUGCUUCUUUUCUCCAAGGCAGAAAUGAAGAUUAAUUUGAGAACAUCGAGCCUGCAUAGCUUGUUUUUUUUGCAAAAGGGAUGUUUUUUUAUUGAUAGUUUCAAUCGCUGUCCUUUUGGUCGAUGUUCAUUUAAGUAUAAAUGAAAGCGUGUUUACUGUGCUGAACCAAGCGCUUAUAACAUAUACUUCUCUUCAUAAAAUUAAUGCCUUGAAAUAAAUAAAAAUGGUGUGGGAAGUUACUCCCAAUUAAGACUAAGUUGGCACUACUUAUCAUAAGCUGAAGUUAUUUUUUAUCUGUUAUUCUUUUGUGUUUUGUAAUAGAUACACCAACAUACAGUAUCUCUCCAAUGUUUGGUCAUUCAUGGCCUUAUUUAGACAAUUGAUUAUGUGGUGUCAAGGACAAAAACAAAUUAGUUCUCUAUACGAUGACAGACUCUCAGACAUACCUUAGUGCCACAUCUUGACAUUUUGUCCUGCAAAGCAUCUUUAAUGGUUUGUGUGCCUCAGAGUUGUUACAAAUACAACGAAUGCGAUAUCAUUUGCUCAUUUGCUAGAUGUUAUCUUGUGUAAAUACUAGUAAUAGGCCUCAGGUCAGCCAUUUUAAAAUGUGAGCUUCCUGAAUUUGUCAUCUUUUAGAACUGAAUAAGACAUGUAUUUGCUUGUUACCACAGUUUUGAAUAGGUGAAAAGUGUAAAUGUUUGCUAAUGUUGAUUGGAUACAUAUUUUGAAACUUGACUCAAAUUGGGAGUCUUGUAUUUAAAUGUUGGCAGCUUUUUUUGUAUAAUUUUACUCUGCCUUCUUAUCGCAAAGACAUCAAUUAAUUGUGAUUGUAUUUCUCAAUGUUUCAGUAGCACAUUGGUAAUAGCUUGUGAUUGAUGACAAAUGGUCCAUAGCCCUAACAGAUAAUCAUGUACCAAUGUUUUUCUAUUACUAUAAAUUAUACAAUACCAUAAAUUAUACAAUAACUAUAAAUUAUACAAUACCAGUCAAAAGUUUGGACACACCUACUCAUUCAAUGGUUUUUCUUUAUUUGACUAUUUUCUACAUUGUGGAAUAAUAGUGAAGAUAUUACAACUAUGAAAUAACACAUUCAAUCAUGU